GGUCCCCUUCCUGUCUACACGCCGACCGCCAUAUCCGAGUACCGCAUGGUGAAGACGCGAGACUCCUUCUUCCCUCCCUUCGUUUUGGGCACUCUGGAACGCCUCGAUCAGGUGGGAACGCGCGGCUUCUCCCCUCCUCCAUGUCCUCCCACUCUCUUUUUCGUCUCCGUCCUUGUGGGGGCCAUGACCCUCGUCCCAUUUGCUGCUGUCUGUGCUGACCCUUGUUUGCCCUGCCUCCGUUCGUCCACCUCCUUCCUCCGCCUCCCCCCGCAGGCUCGCGUCGCCGUCACCAGUCUCUUCGCGCCUCAGCCGGCCAAUGCCGCAGGCACCCCCACCUCCCCGGGCACCUCCCCCUCCUCCUCGGACGAGCCGCAAGAGGAGUUGGAACGCAUGGUCUUCGCACGGCGGGCCGCGGCGCGCCGGAGAGAAGAGGAGAAGAGGAAGGAAGAGGAGGCGGAAGCCCUCGAGGAGGACGGGGGCGACAACGUCUUUGUAUGGGCCGGGAAAGCAGUGGGCGGAUGGGUGGGGGGCCUCUUCGGGGGAGGUAGAGGGAAAGAGGAGGCAGGCAACGAAGUGGAGAGGAUGCGCGCUCCCUCAUUGCUGAUGGAGGAGAAGGAGGUUGCAGAGUCCAUCGCAGCGGGAGAGGGGGAGGCAGGGAAGGAGGGAGGGGCCUGGGGGGUCUUCUCGUUUUUCUUCCCCCUUCCCCGUCCGCCUCGCCGCCCGCUCAGUCCGAUCCUGCCUCCGGAAAAGGAGCGGAGGGCAUGGAAGGCCGCGACGGGGAAGGCAAAGCGCCGGUGCUUGCGGUCUCGGCCUCCCCUUCAACCUCGACGCGAGACGUUCCGAGAUUGUCUCCCCGAGAAAUGGCUUUCGAUGGGCGGGAGCAGAGGGGCGUGGGAGUGGACGGUGGUUGCUCAAGGCCCUCCUGAACUCUCUGGCCUGCCCUCCCGCCCUCCCUUUCUCCCUCCUCAGGACUGGUAUCUGGCGCGCGCCUCGGAGAAAAUGGCGCCGAUAUCACCCACCUCGCCCCCCAUUCCUUCCUACUGGGAAGACAAGGCCGGCGAGGAGGGAGAAGAAGGAACCUCCCUCGCCAGUGCGGGCAGCAGGCUCCUGCUUCAAGAUGCGGGGGGACUCGGCUUUCUCGUGAGAGGCUUGACGAUUACCAGCCCUCCCAACCCGGAUCGAGCGCAGGCCCUUGAAACGCUCUGUCGACUCCUGCGCCCACGGACCAAAGCCCCUCCCGGCGCCUCCACCUCACCAUCGUCCGGUGCUUCCUCGUUUUCAGGGAAAGGGGGAGACGUCGAGGAGGGAAAUGACAGAGGCCGGACUCCCUACGACAGCGACGGCGAAGGGGAGUGGGGAGAAUCCGAGGACGAGCCCAACGAGGAGAGCUCUCCGGGUGGGGUCGUGAUGGCAGCUCUGACGGAGGACAAGGACAUGGAGCUCGCUCUCAUCCGCGUCCUCCUUUCCCUCGUAGAAGAGCCUCUUGGCAUCAGCGUUUCGCGUCUCACCGGCCUUGGCCGAAGCCAUUCCUCGAUCGAGGAGCUUCGGUGCCAACGGGCGGCCAUCUACUUGCUCUACACGAUGUGUCUAGCUUCAGAGAGGGCAAUAGAGGCGUUGCAGACGGAAGGGCGCCUCAUCCCUGCCCUCCAGCAGAUCCUCCGGGAGCGUCUGUUCGAGGAAGGGCCCAUGAGUGUAUAUCACACUAUCCACAAACUCUUGAGCAUCGUUGGGUACCACGAAUGGAAACCCCGUCAAGCGGGUCAGAAGGGCCUCCGAAUCCUUUCCCUAGAUGGUGGGGGAACGCGGGGUGUGAUGACCAUCGCCCUCCUUUCUCAUUUGAUUGAGGCAACGGGGAAGGAGGUGCAUGAGCUUUUCGACAUUAUCUGCGGAAAUUCUACGGGCGGCAUCCUCGCCGCACUUUUUGCUGUUAAAGCCACCAAAGUGAAGGAGGCGGGUCGCCUUUACGACGAAUUGAUCAAGAAAAUAUUCAACAAAAGCCCCGCUCCUCUCGCCUACAGCAACUUGGUCCUACGUACCGCCCAGUACAACGAGAACGUAUGGGAGGAUGUCCUGAAAGUCCUGAUAGGGGAGACUCUCCUUAUCGACACGAUGGGCGGGCCGCAGGGUCUGAAUACCCCCAAAUUCUUCGUCCUCUCCUCUGUGCUCUCUUGCAACCCCGCAAAACUUUUCAUGUGGCGCAACUACAACUACCGACGCGCUCAACGGAGUCGCUACGAGGGCGAUUUCAGAGCCAAGGUCCGAGAAGCCAUUCGAGCCACAACGGCGGCCCCUACCUACUUCUACCCCCUUGUGCGCGGCGGGAUGGUCCACUCUGACGGCGCGCUCCUGGCCAACAACCCCACAGCCAUCGCCAUCCACGAGGCCAAGAUAAUCUAUCCCAAUGUUCCGAUCGAGGCCGUGGUCUCGGUCGGUACCGGCAACGUCUUGGAGCCCCAGCCCGUCGAAGGCUUCGGUUGGGCGCCCAUUUUCAAUCAAAUCAUUAACAGCUGUCACACAUCGAUCACAGUUAAUUUUACUCCCUUUCCUUUCUUUAUCCUCCCUCGCUCGCUCCGCUUCUCUGUCAGCGCCACCAACACGGAGGCUGUGCACGACUCAUUGGCCGACUUCCUUCCCCAAGACCGGUACUACCGUUUCAACCCCAACAUCGAGAACGUCUCCAUCGACGAGGUGGGAAUCCGGCCUGAGAAACUGGCUUAUUUGAAAGCGACUGCCAAGGAGUACUUCCAGGAUCCGAGGAACAAGGAGCGCCUCGAUCAGCUCAUCAAGCUUUUACAGCCCAAGAAAAGUACCCGUUCUCCCCUUGCCUCUACCUCUUCCGGCCCCUCCUCUUCUCCUUCCUCCUCCCCUACUGCCGCUUCUUCAAGAGCUCAGUCCACCCCCACCGAAGGCAGAAAGUCCAGCACUGCGACCACGAGUAGAGCGAUGUCGUCGAAGAAGGCUUCGAGUCUCUCAGCUUCCCCCAAAUCUCCUCCGAAUGGCACCCCUUCUUCCUCUUCCUCUACCAAUCUGCCCUCCUCGACGUCCUCCUCAACACCGUCAUCCUUUGGGAAGCCUACGCGAAGCAGCCAAUCUUCAAAUCCACGCACAGCGGCCGUUUAAUGAGGGCGAAGUUUGUCUCUUCGAAAUUAAGGUCGACACAAAAAAGCGGGAAAACGACAGCGAGAGAAUAUCAAUGACUGUUCACAUGAAGGGUGCUCCACGACUGUACAGACAUACGUCAAAAGGAAACAUAAGAGGCAAUGCGUGCUUAAGGUGACCAUGCUCUGCGACGGCAUGACAUGCGAAAUUCAUCACAUACGUCCCAAAGAAUCAGUGGCUGGUGCGACGGACAGGGAAGUGGGAACACUUGUAAAAAAACAAACCCAGCAUGCCAGCGCACUAUUAUCAAAUCCAUGAUACUGUAGCUUUCUUCUUCGAAUGAGACACGAAAACAGUAUGCAAGGCGGAAGUGUAUCUUUUGAUGAAGCCUUUACCUCUUCAUCCUCGUGCGCACAAGGUCAUACCAGGAACAAUAAGGAAUGAACGUGUGAUUUGUAAUGUAUUGGACGUGUUUUCUUGUUUUGAAUCCAACAUGAAUGAAACGUAGAGGUAGUCAACCCUCCCCAAAAAUGCGUUUUGGACUCGUUUCGUAAAAGCGCUUCUCCCCCGGUAUGAGUGUAUGUUACAGGAAGGCAGGAGGUCAAAAUAACUGUUUGCAAGAUUCCUUGCAAAGCCUUUACAGAGAAUGGUUUCUCUGUU